AUGGAUCCAUCAGUACAAGUAAACAUACAGAAGGAGGUCACCUGCCCCAUCUGCCUACAACUCCUGACUAAACCCCUGAGCCUAGACUGUGGCCACAGCUUUUGCCAAGCCUGCAUCACUGCAAAGAGCAAAGGGUCAGUGAUCAGCCCAGGAGGGGAAACAUGUCCUGUGCGCCAGACCAGAUACCAACCUUGGAACCUCGGGCCUAAUCUGCACCUGGCCAACAUAGUGGAGAGAGUCAAGGAGGUCAAGAUGAGUCCACAGGAGGGGCAGAAGAGACAUCUCUGUGAGCACCAUGGACAAAAACUGAAGAAGUUCUGUAAAGAGGAUGCAAAGGUCAUUUGCUGGGUUUGUGAGUUGUCCAUGGAACACCACGGUCACCAAACAGUCUUCGUGGAUGAGGUCGUCAAGGAAUGACAGGAGAAACUCCAGGCAACUCUAGAGAGGCUGAUUAAGGAGCAUCAUGAAGCUGAGAAGUUGGAAGCUGACAUCGGAGAGCAGAGAGCUACCUGGAAGAAAUAUAUCCAGACUGAAAGACAGAAGAUUCUGAAAGGGUUUACUGAAAUGAGAGUCAUCUUGGACAGUGAGGAGCAGAGGGAGCUGCAAAAGCUGGAGGAAGACGAGGUAAAUGUGCUGGAUAACCUGACAGCAGCUAAGGACCAGUUGGCUCAGCAGAGGCAGUGUGUGAGAGAGCUCAUCUCAGAUCUCCAGCAUCGGAUGUCGGGGUCAUCGGUAGAGAUGCUGCAG